GGAGCGCGGCGCCGGGGCCGGGGCCGGGGCCGGGGAUGGCUUUCGAGGCGCUGGCGGAGGCGGCGGAGCGCUGGUGCGCCCGCACACCCUUCCAGCUCAUCGCCGCCGAGGAGACCGAGCGCCGCAUGGACUUCUACGCCGAGCCCGGGGUCUCCUUCUACGUGCUCUGCCCGGAGGCCGCCUGCGGAGACAAUUUCCACGUGUGGAGUGAAAGUGAGGACUGCUUACCUUUCCUGCAGCUCGCACAGGAUUACAUCUCUUCCUGUGGGAAAAAGACACUCCAUGAAAUACUGGAAAAAGUCUUCAAAUCCUUCAGACCCUUACUUGGUCUUCCAGAUGUUGAUGAUGAUGCAUUUGAAGAAUACAACGCAGAUGUGGAAGAAGAGGAACCAGAAGCCGAUCACCAACAGAUGGGUGUCAGUCAGCAGUGAUUUCCUAAGAAGCUAAAAGAAUUCAGAAGCCUUUGGUACCAGGUGGGGUCAGGUGGUCCCACGUUAGCGUGUUCGAACUAGCACAUCACAUGGGGAUAUCUGGCUCCCAGGAUAAAGGUUUUACAAAAUGGUUUAAAAGAAUUUAAUAAUAAUAAUAACAAUAAUCUGUGAUGAGCUUUGCUAAGAAGUGACCUGAAUUUUGCUCCUGCUUCAGUGGGUUUUCUAUGGAGUUGUCUUGGUAGCAUCCUGCCGUUAUCAGCCUAGAAGUAGUUUUGUCGCUGACUUGUCUCUUCGAUUUGUGUCCGAGAGUAGCAUUCACUGACAUGAAUGUAGAGUACUGAGGAUGGGGGAAGCGUGCGGUGAGAGGGCUGAGUCCUCACCAGUGACCUUUCCGAGGCAGCAGUGCAGCGAGCAAACACCACCUGCGCUUUUGUUUUUAGCUAAACAGGGUUUUUGACAAAGCACCAAACUUGGAGAGAUUUCUCCUAAAAACUGCUAGUUUAAUAGUGGUUGGCACUGCAGAAGUGCACAUGAAGGCUUAACAAAAACAACAGGAAGCAGGAAACCCAGGGGAGUAUUGGUGUCAGACAUAGGGAUGUUGGUUUACUGACACCUGAGUUUGCAAGUGCUGAAUUACUGACUGGGAAUAAGUAUCAGCAGUUGUAACCAUCCCUGGUCCUCCAACACCUUAUGAUCCAAAGCCAAAUGCUGCUUUCAUACAAAUCAAUCUAAAACAGCCAUCGCCUAUCCCACCUCUGCAUGACAACCAACUUCAAGCUUUGCGCUUUUUUAAUACACUGCUAAAUUAUAUCUCCAACCUCGUGGCGUCAUGAACUGAAGUGCAACUUAACUUUGAAGCCAUAAGGGUAUAAACCAGCACCUGGCUCUUAAAAUGCCAGACCUGUUCUUCUCCCUGGGCCUUUGAGCUGGUCCAGGCAUUUACAUCUCAUUGGAGGGGAGCUAAAAUACUGCUACUACCUUGGCUGAUACGAAAACUAGUGAGGUUUUAUUUAGCUGGGAACUUUUUCCCCAGAGGGGUUUGGUGGGGUCUUGGUCUACAGGGGAAGACCCCUUGUAUUUUGUACCUACUUUGCAUAGAUUUUAGUGACUUGGAUGAGUACCAGACUGUGAAGAUGCAGGGUCUCUUUAUUUACUUGCCUUUUGUACUGUGCAUAUGAGAAGUGGAGGAGAUCCUGUUGUAAUACAGACGUUUUCCAUAAUUGAGCAAAAUGUUUCUAAAUUUACUCCUUUUUCUGAUUUUUAAAAACAAAUGAAGGUCACAUGCUUCUAAAAGCCCUUUUAUACAGUAUUAGCUUUAUAAAGCAACAUGUGAGCAAAGAGAAAAUGCUUGGACAACUUCUAGAAACAGCUUGGACCAUUCUGAAAACCCUAUUGUUGGCAAUGUCUCCUUUGCAGUAGGUUUGUUGAAGACUUUUCUUUGUAAGAUUACUGAAGAGAGCAAGUUUUCUUAGUGGUUUACAUUUCUAAUGAUGGCUUAAGAGAUGCACAGCACUUGAGUCUUUUAAACUGGGGCAAAGACCUUCCGUAACCUGGGUGGUAUGGAAGUGUGCACAGAAGUGUCUGCAACGCUGUAAAAGUCAGAGUUUAAGACUAUCAAAAAGAAGUGGAAGAGAAACAGAGCUUAGAGCAACUUUGUACAUUCUUUUGGCAUGCAGGCAUAAACAUGGUAGUCACAGCACAUUUUCUAUGGACUAGUGACAUGAGAACUAUGGCAGUUCAUUGUAUAACACUGUACAGCAGCAAUAGGCUUUUUGCUUACUAAAAUAAAGUGUAAGAAAGACCAGUGGUUUCCAUCCAUGCUUUAAGUCCCUAAGUUUCUCUUUCCUCCCCAGCUAAACCAGAUGCCAUAAUCUUAAACAGAGCCUUGCUUCGGGAGAACCUUUCUGUUCACAGCAUCCAAUCCUUUGGUUGUGGCUCAUUCAAGUAGGGGCUGACUUUACUCUGCUGUAAUGUAAUGCAAGACAUAGUUUACAGUAGUGCAAGCUGGAGGCAAAGUCCUGCUGUUCAGGUUUGCUGGCCACUUGCACCCGUUGCAUGCACACACACCAGCCCCAGGCAUGGUCUGGUUGGGAAAUAACCCCAUGUAUUCUUAUGGACAGGCAGUUUUCCAGCUGGAUCUGUCCCACCUGGUUCAGCGAGUGGCUUCACAGAUGAGUGCUGGCACAACAGAGGGGAGGGGACAGGGGUGGACAUGAAUGGGAGCUGAGGGAGGACCUGCAGCUGCAGACGCCUUGCAUGGGGUGAGGGACACAUGGCAGAGGUGCAGAUGCAACCUGAACCAGCUGAGGAUUGACUUCAGAUGGCUCAGUGGAGAACUGGGCUCUGGGUGGCAGCAGGAUAGGCAGGAAGUCCUGCAAUGAGGACAGACAAAGAUCCACUGCUUGUAAUUGCAUAAAGGAUGUUGAAAUAUUUACUGCACUCUGCUACCUUUCUGUGCGUAUCAGUUGGAUUGUUCAUGAGGAGCUGAGAGUUAAUAUGGUUGCAAAAACACACUACUGUGAUUUAUGUAGAUAUAUUAUUUUCUGUAUUCACUAACUCACCCUUUUGUUGGAAUGCCGUAUGUCAUGUGGGUGACUUCCACACCAGACUGCAAGUGCUGGACAGCUGGGGGCCCUUCAGCAGCCCUCACCCCUGCAAAAUGCCCACCAAAGCCAGCGGGACUGUGUUCAAAUGGGACCUGUGGGGUCAGGUGCGCCAGGGGAUGCAUGAGGUUGGUGCUGCAGAAAGCUGAGCCUUCUUGUCCCUCUCACUUUGCUGGGAACUGAAUGUAUUGAGCCCUGCUGCUGAACCAAAGCAUGACCAGGCAGCACUGAGAAUAAAGAAUUUUCUACAUAGAAAA